AGGCAGGCCGCGCUGUUUUUCUCACUCCGACGGAGCCCGAGCGCGGCCAUCAAAACACGGCGAAGGAGAAGCCCCGAGAGCGGCGGAGCCGCGGAGGUAAGGCGGGGGCUUCGGGCGCCGCGAACCGGACGCUUUUUAAUACGAAGAGCCGGCGUACAGUGCAGUAGCCUUGAACAUCUUUAAGCUGCGAAGGACAACGGUUUUCCUGGACAGGACUUUACUGAGAGCGGUGUGCUAAUUGGCUGCAAUGUGGAACCUGAACACCAGGAUCCGUCGAAGAUCACAGCAUCUGGAUGGUCCCCGGUAACCCCGCUCCUCCCCCACGCCGUCGGAGCCUCUGGUCGGCCGCUGUCGGGGCUUGCUAAAGCACCACUCCGCUCUCUCUGGCACGCGAGUGACGCCGAGCACUUCAGCCUUUGCCACGUCAACAAACCGGUCAGGCACAUAGUAUAAACCGGGCUGGCUUUUCGGAGGUACAUCUACAAAUGUCUACCUCACGAUUAAAGGGCCCUCUAGUUCCACUACAACCCUGAACAAGUUACAAAAAAAAAAUGACCUCCAGCAUUGACCGGGAUGACUGUAGCAUCUUUGAUGGUCUGAUGGAAGAAGAUGAGAAGGACAAAGCAAAGCGUGUGUCCAGGAACAAGUCAGAGAAGAAGAGGCGAGAUCAGUUCAAUGUGCUCAUCAAAGAGCUGGGCACCAUGUUGCCAGGGAACACCCGCAAGAUGGACAAGAGCACCAUCCUGCAGAAGAGCAUCGACUUCCUGCGGAAGCACAAAGAAAUUGCCGCCCAGUCGGAGUCCAGUGAGAUACGGCAGGACUGGAAGCCCCCAUUUCUCAGCAACGAGGAAUUUACGCAGCUCAUGCUGGAGGCCCUUGAUGGCUUCUUCCUGGCAAUAAUGACAGAUGGGAAUAUUAUCUACGUAUCCGAGAGCGUUACCUCUUUACUUGAACAUUUACCUUGUGACCUUGUGGAUCAGAACCUGUUGAACUUCCUGCCCCUGGGCGAGCACUCGGAGGUGUACAAAGUCCUGUCCACACAGACUCUGGAGGGCGAGAGUCUCACCCCAGAGUAUCUGAAAACGAAAAACCAGUUGGAGUUCUGCUGUCACAUGCUCCGCGGGGCCAUGGACCCCAAGGAGCCGCCCGUGUACGAGUACGUCAAGUUCAUAGGGAACUUCAAAUCUCUGAAUAACGUGCCUAAUUCUACCCGAAAUGGAUUAGAGGGGGUGAUCCAGCGAUCUCUUCGGCCAGCCUUUGACGACAGGGUGUGCUUCAUCGCCACCGUAAGGCUAGCCAAGCCACAGUUCAUCAAGGAGAUGUGCACCGUAGAGGAGCCUAAUGAGGAGUUCACCUCCCGGCACAGUUUGGAGUGGAAGUUCCUUUUCCUGGACCACAGAGCUCCUCCCAUUAUUGGAUACUUGCCAUUUGAGGUUUUGGGCACUUCUGGCUAUGAUUACUACCACGUGGACGACCUGGAGACACUUGCCAAGUGCCACGAGCACCUGAUGCAGUAUGGGAAGGGGAAGUCAUGCUACUACAGGUUUCUCACCAAGGGCCAGCAGUGGAUCUGGCUGCAGACACACUAUUACAUCACCUACCACCAGUGGAACUCCAGGCCGGAGUUCAUUGUCUGUACCCACACCGUGGUCAGCUACGCAGAGGUCAGGGCUGAGCAGCGGCGAGAGCUUGGCAUCGAGGAGUCGCCCCCUGAGAUGGCCCCUGAUAAGAGUCAGGACUCGGGCUCUGAAUCGCAGCUCAACACCUCCAGCCUGAAGGAGGCACUGGAACGCUUCGACCACAGCCGGACACCCUCAGCAUCAUCACGCAGCUCCCGGAAGUCAUCCUCCCACACUGCCGUGUCGGACCCCGCCUCAACCCAAACCAAACUGCAGACAGACAGGAGUACGCCACCCAGGCAAUCUGUCGCCAUGGAGAUCACCUCACAGCGAAGGUCAUCUGUUAGCAGCCAGCAAUCGAUGAGCUCCCAGAACACAGGGCAGAACCUGCCGUCAGCAAUGGUCACACCUCCACAGCAGUCGCCGAUCCAGCCCGGAGUGCAGCCCGCACUGCAGUUCUCCGCUCAGCUGGGCGCCAUGCAGCACCUGAAAGACCAGCUGGAGCAGAGGACACGCAUGAUCGAGGCCAACAUCCAGCGGCAGCAGGAGGAGCUUCGCAAGAUCCAGGAGCAACUGCACAUGGUGCAGGGCCAGGGCCUGCAGAUGUUCCUCCAGCAACCCACGGGCAGCCUGAGCUUCGGAUCUGUGCAGCUGGCCCCAGGCACUCCUGGGUCAGGCACCAUUCCCCAGGGCGGGGCUCUCACCAUGCAGGGUCAGGUGCUUCCGGCUAGCCCCCUGCAGUGUGUUGGGCAGCGGCUCAUGCACCAGCAGCAAGCCACACCCACUCAGGCACCAACCGCACAGACCACACCCCAGCAAGCCCCGCCCACUCAGCAGGCCCUCCCACAGCAGGGCCCCUCCCUCUCCCAGGCCCAGCGAUCCGGUCACGCCCAGCAGUCAGCCUCCCUCUAUAACACCAUGAUGAUCUCCCAGCCCGGCUCAGCCAGCGUGGUCCAGCUCGCCACCAGCCUGGCCCAGAACAGCACCUCCAGCGGCGCUGUGGCCACCUUUGCCCCAGACCGCCAGAUCCGGUUCCCUGCAGGACAGCAGCUGCUGACUAAGCUGGUGACGGCCCCCAUGUGUAGCGCGGUCAUGGUCCCCACCACCAUGUUCAUGGGCCAGGUGGUGACUGCCUACAACGCCUUCGCCCCGCAGCCUGGCCAGCCGCAGACCAUAAGCCUGGCUCAGCCGACGCAGCCGGCGCCAGAGCAGCAGGGCCAAGGCCAGGCUGUGCCUGCGCAGGCGGGACAGGCGUCUGCGCAGCUGACCCCACAACAGGCUACGCAGUUCCUGCAGGCUCCACGUCUGCUCCACGGCAACCAGUCUGCGCAGCUGAUCCUGCAGGCAGCCUUCCCACUUCAGCAGCCCGGCGCCUUCACGCAAGCUCAGCAGCAGCAGCAGACACAGCAACAGCAGAUCCCCCCCCACAGGACUGAUAGUAUGUCCGAUCGCUCCGGGACACAGCCCCAGUAACCAGGGCGACAGCCAGUCGAGUGCAUGGACUGAACCACAAAUCCAGCUGUAUGGGGGGGGGGUAGGUGCUUUUAAGAUGCAGUAUUUAAAGUGUACCUAUUGAGCUCCGCCCCCGUUCACCUCCCCCUGCCCCCUGGCCUGUGGGACGGUGGGGCGCAGGCUCGUCCUCGCUGCCGGGAGCAGCUGGCUGUUUGCACUGAACUCUGGGAAGAAGGCACUGGCAGUCGCAGGAACCGGACUCGCUAGCAAUCUGCCCUGUUCAUCUCCCAGAGCUCCUCACCAUGGUAGCCACCCUGGAACCUGCACCAUGGACACCAGAGAAGCAUCAUGGGGCCUCUUCCCGUCCUUCGCUGACCUGACCUGCUCACCCUUUCCCUCUCUCUCCCACUCUCUCUCCCUCCUUUCUCUCUCACCUCUGCUGUCGUCAGGCAGAUUUAAUUUAUGCAGGUGUCUCUCCAAGCUGUCAGUCUGAGGCCUCCCUGCACCCUUUAUUUUUUGUGUUCAUGUGAAAUAAUUAUGGGUCAGAAAAUAUUUUUAAGAAUGUCGUAUUGAUUCUACUUUAUUGUACAGACGUGUGUAACAUAAUAUGUAAAUACCCAGACUAAAGGAAAGAACUAAUAUUUUAUAUGAUGCAUGAAAAAUAUAAUCUGUUAUUUGUAGCUUUGAAUAUACUUUUUUUUUUUAUAAAAAAAAAAAAAAAAGUACUCAGAGAAACCGAGAACUAAACGCUAAAGUUAAUAUUUUCACAGCUUCCCUUCGCUAUUGGUCCGAGCUGGUGUGUCACAGUUUGUUUAAUGGGUUUAACCUCAAUUCUACAAGCCAAUUUUCAAGUCUUACUCAGAAUUUUAAGAAGUUUGUUCCAAAGAGAGUGAUGCUCUCUCUAAAAAAUAUAUAUAGUAAAAUAGCCAAACAGGAAGGUGUGUGUGUGUGUGUGUGUGUGUGUGUGUGUGUGUGUGUGUGUGUGUGUGUGUGUGUGUGUGUGUGUGUGUGACAGGUGACAGGUGACAGAGUGAGUGAUAUUGCACAGCUACAGGGGAUACCCCAUGCUUUUGUUAUUUUCCCCCCACGAUGACCAGCUUCUCACAUUAACCACAGAGGGUGGUGUUUACUCCAAAAUGUCAUACAAACCUUUUUCGAGCGUUUAAUGAAUGUCAUUUCCAUGUAUCAUGAGGUCUACCAAAGCAUUUCUCCGUAGCCGAAACGACUGUUUUACUUGUAUCCUCCUUAGAGUGCCAAGGUAUUGUGCUUCAUUGUUAGCAAGAUAUGAAAGUAAAAUCGGUUGUUUUAUAUCUGCCGAAAUGCUAGUGUUGAAUAAGGAAACGGGUGGCGUUAGCUUUCCAAUCUAUAGUACUCGAGUCGCAAUCCAUUUUUGGGUCUGUCUUACAUUUUGUCACUUUCUCCAUUUUUCUGCUGCUGUUCUCUGUUAUUUCCUACACAGUGUCAGACUGAGCUGAUGCUCUUGGUCCUCGGGGGCUGUCCUAAGGACCUCACAGCUGUCUGGACUCUCUGGGAGGAGUGUAACAUUUUUCUGAAACUCAAAGCAAGUGAGAUACUUUAUACUGAGUGACAAUCAAGGUUGGCUGUGCUGAAAUUCAGCUUUGUUUGUAUUUUUCCCCUAAGUGGCUCUCACGAGGUGAUGGCUUGAUGGUGUGGCUUCUGUUAGGGCAGAGCUGUCAGGACAAACUUUUUUUUCGCACACACAGUAUGUUGCGUUGCACGUUUACUCGACAUUGCCUGUGUUGCCCGGAUUGCGUGCUGAUUUCUCAAAACACUAAGCUUUGCUCCACAUAUUUGUGUUUUAGCUAAAUAGGAAUAUUUUCUCAUCACUCUACACCAUGCGAGAUUGGUUUGUUGGAGAUGUUGGUCCAGGAAAUGUUUUCUUGCUGGAUUGUGACUUCAGCCAGUAAUGCAGUUAAUUCAUGCACAUUAACAUAAGUCUUGGCUAAACAUGAGCUGCCAUGAUUGUAUAUGGCUUGUAGUUCACACUACAUGCGAUCUGAGUGAGUCGUGUGGUUUGUCUGCCUGUUUUGAAUGUAAUUUCAACUGGUUACCUGGAUGGUUUUCUGAUCUGUUUUGUGAGAAUGGACAUGUUAAAUGCAGCUCCAAAUUGUGGUUCGUGUGGAAUGCAGUAUCUCGGCCAACAUAGAGAAUCCCCAUCUACAGUUGGAGUUGCACUAACAUAUAUAAUAUAAUGGUUUGUGGUGUACCUUCAGUGGUUUGCGAUGGCCUGUUGUGUCCUGUAAACCUUCAGCGUGAAUUAGCUACCGUUUCCCUCAAAAGAUCCAAAUAUGAAUCCUUCAGGUUUGCAGGCCGAAUAGAUGUUGAGUCAACUCCACCACAUCUGGUCAAAAAUGUAUAUUAGCUGGCAUGCUAUGUCAGCCCACCUGGAAUGUUAGUUGCCUACACUUUGUCUAAGGAAGUGAAUUACUUGGGUCCAUAAUGAACUUUAUGGGGCAACAUUGUCCAUGUAAACAGCAGCAGUUAGAGUGUUGGAGAGACCUCAGCAUUGAUGGUGCAGAUUAAUAGAACUGCUUAACUUUAGGUCGCACAUCACAGCCAGGUGAUGUGGUUCCCAUGGAAACUGCAAGGAACAAAGUCAAGAUUCCCUCCUUAAAUGGUAGUGUUCUGUACUUCUUAUGAAUGAAUGAGUGAAUGAAAGCACAAUAAUUGAUUUAGAUGGUGCUGGGUUUGUGGGUAUGGAUAUCUCGGUUCAGGGAAUGUAGGAGCUGUCAAUCAUUAGUCUUUGAAGGUUACCCUGGGAUAGUACUGUGGUGUGUGUGCGAAUGGGAAUGAAAUGCUGUGUGUGUGAACAGGGAGUGAUGGCUUCUCUGUGUCUCAGGGAGUGGAUUGUGUUAGACAAGCUUGGUCAUGUAUGAAUAUAAACCCACUGAGUGUCUGUUUCCUGUGAAUGAUCAUGGGUUGUUGGCCAUAUUUUUCAAUUGUACUUUUAACACAGAUUUUAGAUAUAAGUUUUGUUACAGUUGACUUGCAGUUGACUUGGUAAUUGCAGUGACUGACAAUCUUUUUUUUUUUGUUACUUUGAAGUGGAUGAAAUGUCUGUUGGUCCCCCAAGCAGAGAAUGGAUACAGAAAUGCAUUUAUUUUUUUAAUAAGCAAUCAGACCGAUCAAACCCCUCAAAUGUUAGGCAGGCAUCGCAUGUCUUUCCGCACAAUCUUGUGUUGAAUUCAGGUUAUUGCAGUUCAUAUUAAAUCAAGAGAGAUCUUGGAGGAAGCCUUCUGGAGUGUACUGCAGGCUCAGGACUGAUUUUAUGGAAGUACCUCUCAUUAUUAAACUGGUGGCAGUGAAAAGUUGUGUGAGAAUUCACUAAUAAUAAGGGGCUGCUUGGUCAUGUCUGGAAGGGGGGAACAAUGUAUUGAUCUCCCCUUAUGGUUUUGCUAUUGUCAAUGCUGCCCCCUGCAGCUGGCACUGUGAUGUUGCGGCCGGGACUUAGGACCCAAUGACUAGUUAUACGUACAUGGGGUUAUGGUGGCAUUUGUGACCAAUGGUGUUUUGAUAGUUAGAUUAGGCUCAGGGACAGGUUGCUUAGGGGAGACAGAGCGAGUCUCAAUAAACUGUUAUAAGUCCGAAGGUUGGAACUUCCAGUACUUCAGCAGAAGUAAGUUUUUUGUGUGUGUAAUUGUCCAUGUUUGAUCCAAUUAUAUUUCAAAUGCAAGUUAAAUACAAUUAGAUUUUAAUGCAUUGCCUUUUAACUGUAUAGUAAAAUAUUUAAUAUAAAUAUGAGAGCUUAAAUAAUGAUGAUUUGAUUUAUACUGAAUGUACAGUAGGGAUCCUUGGAUGAAUGGAAUUGCACUGAGGUUUAUUUUAAGAUGUUUAUAUAUACAUGUAUGUCUGACGUAACUAAACAUCAAAAUACAAAUACACACAAAGGUACAAGUAUUUUUUUGAAAUAUUUUUUUAAAUGGCUAAGCCAGCAUUUUAAAAUUUAUAUGGAUAGAGUACAGAUGUUAAGCUUUGCUGUUGGCUCUGAAGGGAUGUCCACAGAUGGAAUCUCUUUGAGGGAUUUAAACAAACUGUGACACAGCCCAGUAGGGUUUCCCAGAAUCGCAGGCCAUCCCUGAGCCUGGUCAUGGGUGGACUGGGGACGGGGCCUGGACUGGCUUCUCUGGGGGGGCAGGGUCAGGAACAGGCUGGUUUCUCCGGGGGCAGGGUCAGCCUUGCUUCCGUGAUCCAGUCACUGUGUGUGAACCGCCCAGUUGUAGAAGUGACAGUGGCAGGUGCUCCCUGUUGGUCUGUACUUCACAGGAAGAUGUCAAACUCAGUCCCGUAAAUGUUGCUUUGUAACUGUCACUCUGACCCGGUGCAAUCACUCGUCAAAAACUUAGUUUGUAAUGUUCCUAAGAAAAACAGGGAAAACAACUUUGCCUUUUUGAAUACACAAUCUCUAUGGGUACUUAAUUUAGUAGUAAAAGUGUAAAUGUCUAAGGAAUCAGCAGGAAAUAUUUAGGUAACUCAUGCAGGAGUUUGGGACCGAGUUCGACAGCGUUCAACCACACAGACACAUCCAGUUUCCAGGCCAUUGAUGCAAAACCAUUUUUAAUCCAAAGAGUUGUAGUGAAAGAUGGGGAAACAGAUUUAUUAUUUUAUUUAAUAGCUGAAGGGCCCACCGGAAGUAAUCGUUUCAGUCAUGUACUAUGUUCUGUAGUUCUGUUGUAAGCACUAGAAGUCCUGAAUGUCUAUCAGUGUUUUGUGUGUCAUUUAAUCAAUGUGUAACGUUCUUUACAGAACACUUGUGCUUGGCUUACCAGAUGUUUUUGUACACAAAAAACCCCAUACUAAACCUGGAGAAAUUAUAUCAGUGUAUCUCCCAGGAAUCUAGAGAAUGGAAAGGAGGCUCUUCAGAGCUUGAUCCAGACAAUGGCACUUUUGGUUUGUAGAGGAGGAGAAAAAAAAAACCUAAUCACACACAGGUGAAAGCGUCCAAUGGUGCUGUAAUAUCACUGAGUGUAACCGAUGGUUAGCGAAGCUGCUGUUAUUUUCCCAUAAACGCCCAUUCUAAGCAGACUGCCGUUUGCUCCCCGAAUCUAUUUUGAAAAUAAACUUGUGUUAAAGGCU